AUGGCUGUUGUUAGAGAAGUACCCCUCUGCUCUUCUUGCCAGCAGAUCUUCAGUUCUCCCACGGAGCCUGAGAUUCCAACUUCAGGCUACGAUCUCUUGCCCAGAUUUGCCAGGGCCCAUCACCACUCUAUCGCCUCACUAAAGCAGGCAGUUGAAGCUAGAUGUCCUAUUUGCGUCGCCGUAGCUGCUGCGUUGCCCCCCGAGCCCAUUUCGGCUUCGCCAGAUGAGAAUGCGACCAGCUUCCAUAUUACCAAGGACGAAAGGGACGAAAACAAGUUCGGGAUCACAAUCUUCAUCAACGUCAAUGAUUUGAGAAGACCCGUAUAUCUUAACGCAUAUCAAGUGGAAGGAGGCCAAGGUAAUAGCCAUGAUAAGGAGCUCAAGGGACUGGAUCUUUGCCACCAUUGGAUCUCGGACUGUUUGCGUUCCGAAAAUCCUGGGCAACAUAACUCGUGCCGGAACCAUCGCACCAGAUCGCAAACAGGCCUGAGGCGUCCUUCCCGCCUUAUUCAGUUGAAAGGAGAUGGUGGUGAUGUACAGCUGUCUUAUACAGUGCGCCAGUAUUCUCCAGGUCAAGAACCGUCACCAAACCCUCUCUAUGCCACGGUCAGCCAUCUAGACUGGGCUGAUAAUCCAGCCAUCACAGAUGGGUUCGGACUUCAGAAUGCGUCCUCAUGGACUCCGACCUCUCAACUCCCAACUUGUCUCCAGCAGGCUGCCCAGGUCGCAUUUGAUGCCGGUGUCAAAUACCUUUGGACUCCCAAGCUCUGCGCCAACCCUACUGAAGACCCAAUCACUACCGCGCACAUAUUUGCUGGUGGCGCAUUCAAUAUCGCCGCCAUGGCUUGUGUAACGUCGUCUGACACUUGGUUGUCCUCGAUAGAAUUGAGUAGAAUGCCUAUCGUUCGACCCCAAUGGGCCCCGCAGGAUGCACUUGCGAUAUAUAGUAGCGCGAGUUUCGAAGAUUCAGUCGCCAACUCUCCCCUGUGGGAUUCGGCACUCUUUUACCAAGGAACCCUCCUCUCUCCGGCUACUCUUUACUGCGGGAAAGAUCAACUCUGGUGGCAAUGUUACCACGGAGAAGGAGCACUGUGCAGCGAAUCCCUCGCUGUGACGGGUAACCACUUCAGGCGUGUCGAUAAUCGAGAGGGCAUUCUCGGCCAGCUUGAAGUAAGCAAGCCCUACGCGCGGGAGUUCUACAAGUCAUAUGCAAACUUCGAUCCUUGGCCAUCAGUGUCGUCUUCCGAGGCGGGUCCAUCGGACCAUGCUGACUUUCGUGGAUUCGAAUCACCACAGAAAUGCCUGGCUGCGAUGUGGACGCAGAUCAUCGCGACGUACAGCAUGAUUCCUACAGGAACGCCGGAAGAGAGAGCUGCCGUGAUUGGCGGUAUAGCCGAAUGCGUACCGCUCCUGGCUGCACCCAGGGUUGCCGAUCUUUUUAGCUCAUUAUCGUAUGCCAAUGGGUGUUGGUCUACAGACCUCGUCGAACAACUUGCUUGGCACUUUGUAUACGAUAAGGCCGAGACCAGACGAACACUCCCUCAUCGAAAUAGUACCACAGACCGCUUCCCAACGUGGUCAUGGCUGAACCUUCCUGGAUACGUGAACUUCGAGUUUCCAAUCUCGACGCACCCUAGCGUUUUUAAUACCAACAUGUUACCCGAGGACAUUUUCCUUUCUCCAGUAGCGAAGGCACGCUUCUCCACCGCCGAAGAAUGCAACGCCAUCGGAGUCGCUACUGCGGGUAGCAUCCCGUUGAAUUGCAUCUGGAAGGGCUUGGGAGAGGCCCCGUGA